GUGGUAUUAGUUCAGCUGUUCCACUUAGUUUAGUGUUACACUUUCUGCUGUCCCUCCGGAUAAAGCUUACACAAUGGCAGGUUCUGAACUUUAUAAAACUCUAAUUUUCACGAUAAAUAAUAUUUUACAACAAGAGAAGUACAAGGCUGCAUUGGCUGUCGUCAAAGGGUUCAGGAAUGGAGCCGUAUACGGAGCAAAAAUCAGAGCACCACAUGCCCUGGUGAUGACGUUUCUUUUUAGAAGUGGGAGCCUGAGAGACAAAGUGAAAGCCAUUGCCCAGGCGACGUACACUCACUCUCGGAACCUGGCCUGCUUCGUGUUCACCUACAAGGGGCUCCAGACCCUGCAGCAGCGGCUCCAGGGGAAAGCCUGCCAGUCCCAUUCCUUCCUUGCAGCCUGCCUGGGAGGGUGGCUCGUCUUUGGGGAGAACAACAACAUCAACAGCCAGAUAAACAUGUACCUUUUGUCCCGGAUCCUGUUUGGGCUGUCGCGUCUAGCUGUGGAGAAAGGCUACAUCCCCCAACCAAAGAAAGACCCCUUCCCCCUGUUCGCAGCACUGGUCUGGGGCAUCGUUCUGUGGCUCUUUGAGUACCACCCCCACACUCUGCAGCCCUCGCUCCAGUCCUCCAUGAGCUACCUCUACCACGACAGCAAUGUCUGGCAUGACAUCUCUGACUUCCUCGUCUACAACAAGCCCAGAGCAGGGGCGCAGAAAUAAUGGAGCCUCAGCCCCUUCCUCUCAGGAGAGCCCACAUACCGCCAUGCUACCCUUCCAGGUUGCAAUGGAGAUAAGUUAGCGCUUAACAAAUUUCCUUUAUAAACCAGCCUUUGUCCUGGAGGUACUGCUGCUAGAUCCAGUGUACUGUUUGCUUGUCCUGUAUUUUGAAGAAACAUUUAGCGUGGGACUGAAAGCUGAAGGUCACUGUUAGCAGGAUUUGAUCUAGGAAUUCUGUUGCGUAGUGGUUUUACUAUGAACUUGUAACAUGUUUUUUCAGAUUCAAGUGUGGUUCAAAGUGAAACCCUGAGUGGCUAAAACUGAUAUGCAAUGACUUAUUUUCAAACAUGCUUAGUGACGGUAGUUUUUAUUUUGUUUGAAAUAUCUUUCUGUUCAUCUUAAUGGAAACUUAAAAAAAAUAAAAGUUCCUAACCUGAUUGAUGGUUACCAGCUCUAUUGUAGGUGCAGUUUUUAAAUUUCUAAUGCUCGUGAUUUUUUUUAAUUGUAUUUUAAUGUAAAUGUAUUAAAGUGAACUAAUUAAUAAUAUAAUCAUAUUAACUGAGUUAGCACACUGUUCUUAUGUUAAACAAUUGAAGUUGAGGAGCUUUUUUUUUCCCUGUCAGUGUACAAUUAUUGGACCAUUAUUAGAAGACCUGAAUAAGAAUGGAAAUAUUGUAUAGCUGUUUGAACCAUUCCAAGAUUUACUAUGAAUAUAAUUAGAUAUUGUUUUACUCUACUACUUUACUGAUGAUGAUCAACCUCUACUACUUUACAUUGUUUUUGUGUCUUUUUUUCUAUAUCCCUAGUGACCGGGCACUUGCAUGAAUAACCUUGGAUCAUACGCAUGGAUGUAUUGAAUACUGUUGAGAGCAAAACUUAAUACUGUAAUUUCACAUUCAAUGUGCAUAUUACUUGCUGUGCCAAACAAAUUGUAACACAUUGCUUGUGUGGAUAUGAAGGAGUUGAACUAGUGAUAGACGAUAUAUGUAUUAUUUUCUUUAUAUUAUAUAUGGAUGAGAACCUCUGAUAUCAGUGAAUGAGUUCAAAUGCUGUAUAUAGAUUUGAGUUGUUUUAAUAUACAUUUUAGUUCUGUUUUUAUUGUGCCAUUAAUUUACUUCUACACUCACUCACCAUUAGAACCACAAAGUAGCUUGAGCCAUAUUGAUUAAACCUGAGCUCAAACAUGCAUACUAUACUUUCACUUUAACUUCUAUGCAAACAUCUCUGCAAGAAGGUAUAAUGGGCUAUCAACUUCUUAGUAGAUUGAUCAUAAGUAAGAUUGGAUAGUCUGUCUUUGUCAAUAUGAAUAAUAGGUGCACUGAGGUACUGGCAGAAUUGCAAAAAUAUCCUUUUUUUUGGGGGGGGGGUAGAUUUUGUGCCAUUAAUUAAAUCUAUUAUUACCACAAGAUGUCAGAGUGGGACAACACCAACAACUGCAUUUGCCAUUGAUUUGACAAUGUAGUCCUGUAUCAUUACUGUAUUGUACAGCACAGAAACUGUUCGCUUUUUUCCCUAACCCCAACCAUGUUUAACACUGUAUUGAUGAUUUGUUUAAUUCUGGUAGCAUUUCUAAAUACAUGCUUUAUAUUUGGUUUUAAUUAUUGUAAAAAACACUGUCAUCUAUUGGGAUCAAAUAAAAAAUUUAAAUCAAA